ACUUCCUGAACCUGAGCCUCUAAAAGGUCAGAUCUAAAAACAUUUAUAUACAUUUUACUUCCUAAUGUAUAUAGGAAGUGUAAGACGUGGAAAAAGUUCAUCAGAGGGGAUCCAAUCAUCGUUAAACUCAUUAUUCUAUCCCACUAAACUUACCAUCACUGUUAAAUAGUAAUAACAAGAAAUAACCCCCGUAAAAUAAACUUAAUUUUCAUUCGGACGUGAGUUUUCGUCAGUGUCACUUCGUGUCAUCUUAAAUAUUUUAUUUAUUGGUUAAAUCUAUCACCUGUUAACAUUUUAUUUAAUUAGUGUUAUUAAUUAUAAUUAUUCAAAAACAGUGAUGAAUAAAUUUAACAGUUUAAAAAAAAAAAAUGUCUACAUGUAUUACAUAUUCAUACAUUUAGACAAAUUUAAUAUUUUUUAAUCACAAACGUGCGCGUUUUUAAAUUGUGCGCGUAUAAAUAAAAUUCGGAGUUUAGUGGUCGGUGAAAAAAAGUUUUUUUUAAAAUUGUAAUUAAAAAAAAAGUCCAUCAAAAAUUACCGACUGCUGCCAUCUUCUGGCCUACUCAAAAUUACGAUUAUUAUUGUUACUUUUUUUUUGCUACAAUGAAUGCCAGUUAUGAUCGUGUGUCGUUAGAGAUAUUUGUGGACACACGUGUUGUGGUUAAAAUCACAAAAAUGACUGGAACAUGUAGACUUUGUUUAAGAGAAUCAGCAAAAUUGUCACCGAUUUUUUGUAAUAAACAAGGGAGAGAACAUUUUUUUGAUCUUUAUCGAAAAAUAUUCAUAUGUUGCGGGAUUGAAAUAAAUGAAUAUGAUGAAUUAUCAUCGUUUAUAUGCAAUGACUGUGUUACCAAACUCAAUGCCGCGUAUGAUUUUCGCUUAGUAUGCCAGCGUUCUAAUUCAUCAUAUUGUCGACUGGAAAAACACACAGACCGAUGUGAUUGUUUGAACUCAAAUGCCGAAGUUGAAAGUUCUAAAGUCAAAAAAAUAAUAAAAAUCUGCGAGUCAACUAAAAUUGAUAAAUAUAUAAAAGAAGCUGGGAAAUUAAAUGCAGAUACUGAAGAUAAAAAUAAAAAUACCGAGACAAUUGAUAACAAUGUUGAGGCUGUUCAGGUUAAUGGGGCAUCAAAAAAAAUUGCUGAUGAUAAUCAGGUUAAUGGGUUAUCAGCUAAAAACGCUGGUGGUGAAAACGAUAAUACUGAUGUAAGCAUGACAGAUAAUUCAAACUUGAAUAAUAAUACUGGUGACAAAGCAUCUAGAGAUAGUAUUAGUGAUGAAUCAAGUGGAACUGACGACAGAAUUGAAGAGAUGUCUUACGAACAACGUCUAGAGAUGGCUAGAAUUAAGUACAAAGAUAUUUUAAUUAUUAAUAAACUCAAUAUACCUCCAAAAGUGACUGCUAAUUUUAUAAAACCGACUGAUGCGCAAAUAAGCAAAGCCAAUGAUAGUAAAAAUAAUUUAGAAAAAGAUGCAGAUGAUGGAGACAAAAGUUAUUUUAUUGAUGGUAAUGUUAAAGGUGCUCAAGUAGAUGAUAAUUUAAAUAAUAAUGAUAAUAUUAACGUCAAUAAAACUGCCAGCUCUCCAAACAAAGAUGAAGAUAGAGAAGCUAACGAAGAACAAAUUAAAUUAGCGGCUGAACAAAAUGAUUUAGUAAAUAAUGAUAAAGAUAACGCGGAUGUGGGAGGAAGUAAAUCGGAUAAAAUUGUCGAUGCACAAGUUAAAGAAGUAGAUCAUUCUUUUGAUGUACAAGAAGAAAUAGUCGCGUUUGAUGAAACUAUUCAAGUUCGUGAAGAAAUAGCCACUGAAGUAAAUGACACCCGUGACAUACAAGUUGUUAUUCCAAAAAGAUCACUUGAUAAAAUUGUUGAAGAAGAAGAAGAAGAACUUGCUGCGGAUGACAAUUUAACUGAUGAAGGACAAAACAGGGUUGAAGAAAUAGUUACAAAUGUUGUUGAGGAAGAAAAAAUAAAUGAAGAUCAAGCGGACAAUGAGAAAACUGCUGAAGAAGUUGGUACUGAUGACCAAGAUUCAAGUACUGAAGACCUUGACAGCAGUAUAAUUGCUAAAGAUAUUGAUAUCAGUAUUGAUAAACCAAAUAAGUAUUAUAAGAAUAAUCCUCAAGUGCCAAAUAAUGAUAAUGUUAAAAUAAGUAAUAAAGAUAAAAAAUUAACUUCACGUAAAAGAUCAAGAUCUAAGGAGCCUCGCACUGUCAAUGAUAAAUUGAAUGACAGUGAUGAUGAUACACCUCUUGCUGAUAAGUUAAUUGAAUCAAAACGCCGUAGGUCAGCUAAGGCUAAAGAGUCUAGUGUUGAUUUACUUGAAGAUGAACAUUGCUAUGUUAACCAAGAAGAAUCAGCCAAAUCAAGUAACAGCAUUCAAGUAGAAGUUGAAGUUCAUUGUACCAGAGAUCUUACUCCUGAUUACCCUGUGUCAUCUUCAAAGGUAAAUGGGCAUGUUAAGGUACAGAAAGAUGUUUCAAAGGAAGUAGUAAAUAAAAGUAAAUCUCAGAAUGUUAGUAAUGUAAUUAGUGGAUUUGAUAAAAUUGCUGUUGAUUAUGAUCAGAUACUAGAUGUACAAGAUGAUAUAGCCAUUGAAGUUGCUCAUAAUAUUGAAAUAUUACCUGAAAAUGUUCAGAGUAUUGACUACAGCGUUGGAAUACCAGAUGAUGAUUUUCAAGAUUCAAGUGAUGACACCCAAGUGCCUAAAAAUAGUUUAGAAGUAGCGAGCAAUUAUUCUGAUGAUAAAGUAAAUCAGAAUAAAAAAAUACAGAGUGUCAAGGGGAAAAAAGUUAACAAAUCAAAGACUAAACGUGGUGAUGAUGGUGAAGAAAAUUUGUGUGAUGGACAACUGCCGAAAGAUAGCGUUAAAAAAAGUAAGAAGAAAGAUUUGAAUAAAAACAAAAAGAAGUCUAAAAAUUUUUUAGUCAUUAAGAAAAAUGUUAAGAGUAAUAUAAAAGUGCCUAAAAAUAAGUUUAAGAAAAAAAAAGAUACAAUUAAGAUUUCAAAUUCAAAGAAAUCAAAAUCAAAACCCAAAACCGUCCGUCAAGAGUUCGAUGAAGAUUUUGAAAGUAAGAAAAUGAACAAAUCAUCAAAAAAUAAAAAAAAGUCAACUAAAAAAUCUUUAAAAAAUGAUGACUCUGAUCAAGACUUAGACACUGGAGCUGAUAGUUCACCGCAAGCUAAGACUGCAGCUACUAACCAAGAUAGCGAUGACAGUUUAUCAGAAUUUAUUGGUUUCAAAAGAUCUAGACCAGUGAGAUUUUCCAGUUCCAUGGUGGAGAGCUCUAUUAAUGAGAGCGUAAGUAACGAAAAUUUAAACGAUUCGAAGAGAAGAAAAUCGACUACAAGACGUAAAUCAACUGGUAGAAUGGACCAAAAACAAGUUUGUAAAUAUUGUGGUACGAGUUAUCUAUACCGUAAGCCAUUAUUCAAACAUAUGAAGCAGCAACACGGUAUCGAUAGUGAGGAUUUGAUUGAAAAUGAAAAUGUUAUUGUUUGUCAGAAAUUUAUGCCCCAAAGUCCAAGUCCUCUUACUAAUUGUUUUGUGAUGUUAAAUCGUAUAUAAUAAUUAUUGAUUAUAUAUUUAAAAUUUAUAAACUGUUUAUUACAUUAUAUUUAAUAUUUUUUUAUAAUGCAAUAACUAUCUCAAGUGUUAUUAGUAAUAUAUGCUCAAUAUUUAAACACUAAUGUAAUUUUUAUACCUUUUUCACUAUUUAAAAAAAAAAG